GAGAGAGAGAGAGAGAGAGAGAGAGAGAGAGAGAGAGAGAGAGAGAGAGAGAGAGAGAGAGAGAGAGACGAAUUUCUCCAGUGGUGCACCACGGGGAAGCCUGCUCAUUCAACCUGCCCUGCGCGUCUCUCUGAGCGCACACACCGUCCUGUCUCCACAUCCAUCCCCGAGCAGCCUCACUGCAGAGGACCACGGAGAGCCGGUGCGGAGGAGCUGCAGAGAAGAAGAAGAGGAGGAGGGAGGAGGUGAUCGCUGUGAGGGUUUGAGCUUGUCAGCAGCCUCUCCUCAGGCCUGGACUAUCUAAAAACAACAAGCAGCUAACUUCCCAACCCGACACCUCUCGCUGGUCCUGCCGCUCCGCUCCGCUCCAGUCCCAGUGUCAUGGCCUUCACCCUGUCAGAGAUCAUGGCAGCGAGACGGCAGCAGUCGCAGGCUCAGGCGCAAGCCCAGCGAGGCAACAGGACAGCGGUGGAGGUAGACGAAUAUAGCACCAACCCCACUCAGGCCUUCACCUUCUACAACAUCAACCAGGGACGUUUCCAGCCACCACACGUCCACAUGGUGGACCCGAUGCCCCACGACACGCCCAAGCCGCCGGGCUACACCCGCUUUGUGUGCAUCUCGGACACUCACUCCCGCACUGACAGCAUCCAAAUGCCGUAUGGAGACGUGUUCAUCCAUGCCGGAGACUUCACCGAGCUGGGACUGCCCUCUGAGGUCAAGAAGUUCAACGACUGGCUAGGUACCCUGCCCUACGACAUCAAGAUAGUAAUUGCCGGAAACCACGAGUUGACCUUUGACCAGGAGUUUAUGGCUGAUCUGAUCAAGCAGGACUUCUACUACUUCCCCUCUGCCUCCAAGUUGAAGCCAGAGAAUUACGAGAAUGUCCAGUCGCUGCUCACUAACUGCAUCUACCUGCAGGACUCCGAGGUCACUGUGCGAGGCUUCAGGAUCUACGGCGCCCCCUGGCAGCCCUGGUACUACGGCUGGGGCUUCAACCUGCCGCGGGGUCAGGCUCUGCUGGACAAGUGGAACCAGAUCCCCGACAACACAGACAUCCUGGUCACACACUGCCCCCCACUGGGUUUCCUGGACUGGGUCCCAAAAAAGAUGCAGCGUGUGGGGUGCAUGGAGCUGCUCAACACAGUCCAGAGGAGAGUCCAACCCAAAUUACAUGUGUUCGGACACAUUCAUGAAGGUUACGGCAUGAUGACUGACGGCACCACGACGUUCGUCAACGCCUCAGCCUGCACUGUCAACUUCCUGCCCAUGAAUGCACCCAUCGUCUUCGACCUUCCAAACCCCCGGGCCACAUGACUAAAGCGGGAUUGCCCAAAAUCACCUGGCGCCGACCAAGAGAGCUAGGUGAGGUUGGUCGGUCAGAGCGGAGCAGGUUUCUGUAAAUAUUAUGAGGCAGCUGUGUGUUUAACGCCACACAUACAGUAUGGUAAAGGCCUGGAGACGGAGCGGACUAAAUGAGGAACGCUUCGUCAUGCUAUUAAUGUUAUUUUCUCAGCUGUGUGUUUAAACGCCACACAUACAGUAUGGUACAUGCCUGGAGACAGAGCGGACUAAGUGAGGAACGCUUUCUCAUGCUAUUACUGUUAUUUUCUCUGCAAUCAUUUCUUCAUCCCAACACUGAGUCUAAAAGCAGAUGGACAAGCGGAGAGACGCUUUUCAUGCGGACAUAUGGACAUUUCUCUGUCCUCUUUUACUGCACUGACAAUCUGAUGGGGCUCUCAGAGAGACAGGAGGCACCCAGAUGUCCCUGUUGGCCUUUUUCACUUCAUUUAUAUGAACUGUAAAUCAUAAAGUGAAACCACCCAACACCUUGUCUACGUGACAGUUUUGGAUUAGCCUUGACUCGACAGCAACGGAACACUUGCCCAGAGGACUUGUCACAGAACUUCUUCUCCCUUUCCACUUUUUCAACAUUACUUUCCUCAUUUUGUCCCACCUCUUUUCUACAACUCUUAUCUUCCUCCUGUUUCUCUCCCCUUCUGUGGCCUGGAGCAUGAUGUGGUGUGUGUUUUUGCCAGUGUGUAUGUGUAUAUGUGAUCAAAUUGAGUUUGUGAGGGCAGCAAGAGGUCUCUGCCAGGGGCAGUGUGAGCGUCAGGGUAUCAAACAUGACACCCCUCCUCGGGCCCCAUUACAGCCCCCAUACGCCUCUGAACCAUCCAGGAGGAUGCAGAGGAAACCACAUGCAGCACUUUCCCUUUUUGGUCCUCUCCUCUCUUCUCCUCCUUCUAUGUAGCUCAACUUUUCUCUUCUUUACUUCACUGCAAAAAGAGGAGUCUAAAAACAAGAUAGAAUUCUAUCACUAAAUCUGAGGGAAAAGGUACUCAAAACAAUUGAAAUUAUCCAUCCAUGCAGUAAGAUAAUUUCAUUUGACAAGCUUAUACACUAAGAAUAUAGUGUAAAGUUGAACACUUAAAAUAAGAAAUUUACUCCUAAAACAAGGUAAAUUAUCUUAUAAGUUUUUUUUAUCUUGGUAAGAACCAAAUCAUUUGCAGUGUUCCUUCCUCUCUAUCCUCCAUGCUGAGUGAAUGAUAGCACAGCUUUAUAGGGACCAGGCUCGGAGCUGAGGCCCAGGCCCGCCCAUAUUGACAGCUGGCCCGACCAAUCAGAAAGUUAAGUGUGUUGCUGUGCAAAGCACUGCAACAAUCCCAGCAACCACAGACUGGAAAACCUGUACACGUUCAAUUCUGAGACUUUUUAAUGUGAGCUGUGGCUGUUUUACGAAAAUUGAUUUCAGAAGCUCCACAGUCUGACGUGACAGCCCUGCCGGGGUUGCUGGCUUGCUGCCCGGCCUGUCCACCUUCACACACCCCGCUAUGAGCUGGCUGGAGCUGCUGUUGUUGUUUAAAUAACUCAACACACAUAUCCAGAAGAUUAACUGGAACCUGUGGUUCUGAGUUAUAAAGCUCCACAAGAGAUUGCGGGCAAAAGGUAACAGUCUGGCUGACCGGGCUGUCACUCUCAAACAUACACACACACACACACACACACACACACACACCGGCCACGGAGCAGGCAGAGGAGAGGGGGAGCAGUGUCUGACAGGCAGACAGAUACCCGUCUCCCUUUGACAGUCUUGUAAAUAAAUUAUAACAUGUAUACUGAUGCUGUCAGUCUUACUCUGUAAGACAAUUGGAAUUUCAUUUGUUAACUUUUUUAAUAUUCUAAUAAUAUUCAGUAAAUACGGCAUACGUACAUACGUAUGUAGAUUUCGAAAACGGCCAGAGUGUAAGGUUGAGUUUUACUGUCCCAGCCAGUGGUGUAGUCUACGUGAUACGCAGGUAUACGCAGUGUACCCGCUAAGAAAGCUCCAGGAUUUUCAAAUACCCACUUAAAAUGUGCAAUGACAUGCAACAACAUACUUUGCAUUUUUAUUAUAGAUAUUUCCACCGUGAAUUGGUGCAUAAAAGUGUACCAGAAUGCAGGAAAUGAAGUCUUUGAUGCCCAAAACUUCCAUGGUGGAGGACACCCGGACACCCAUCCUGGCCCAUACAUAUACAGUACAGUACACCCACUACAAUAUAUUAGACUACAACACUGGUCCCAGCUAGAGAUGUUCCGAUUCCGAUACCAGUAUUGGAAAUGCCUCCGAUACUGCCGAAAAUGCUGGCAUCGUUAUUGGCAAGUACUGGAGUACAGGCACCGAUCCGAUACCACAUACACUAUUAAAAAUAGGAAUCUAUUUACUGGUUAGCUCCGUUAGCUUGGACACAGUUCUUCUUCGGCGCUCUUAAAAUAGUUGCGCUGUUGUUUUAGAGGGGUGAAGAAGAAUUGAUCACCUAACGCCUCCUUAAAACAAGCUAGCAUUAGCGCAUCAUGUCGGCAGUUUGGCAGUACUUUACAGUGGAUGUUCCCACCGGUAAGACGGCAACAUACAACAUAUGCAGAGAAGCAAUUUCAAGGGGUGGCACGAGUGUUGCAAAUUUCAACAGCAGCAACUUAAUUAAAGAUUUGAAGACGCGUCACGCUAAGAGCACAACGAAUUUACGAAAGCUACGGGAGAAAAAAGGACGAACUGCAGCAGCAAACUCUGGAAACUGCCUUCCAGCGAUAAAAAAAAAGCAACAACAAUAACCAACAAAGUUUUAGAGUUUAUUGUACUGGAUUACCAACCCCUGUCUGUUGUCGAAAAUGUGGGAUUUUGCCGCUUAAUUGGGCAUUUGAAGCCAAGGUACUGUUUGCCAGGUUGUAAAUAUAUCUCCAAAACUGCGCUACCCAAAUUAUACGAGACAGUUAGGGAACACAUUUCGUGUAUGCUGAAAGACGUGCAUGCAGUCAACUUUACCAGGAGGACAUUUGGCGCUCUGACGUGUGCCCCAUGUCUUUGCUAAAUUGAACGUCCCACUGGGUGGACAGAGAAUCAAGGUUUUACCCCUCGAAGUGCGGUGCUGCACGCCACCGAGUUCUGAGGGUCACAUAAUGGCACAUUAAUUGCCGAAGCAAUUGAGGGGAUGCUAGAAAGUGGAAAAUGCCCAAGUCCAACGUUCAUGUUGUUUUGCGCGACAACGCUAGCAACAUGAAGAAAACCACGAGAUGAGAUGGAUGUACCAAGUUUAGGAUGCUUGGGGGGGCAUGAAGGGCUGCUGUCACAGAGAAGUGUGAGUGAUGCAUUUUACAAUAUUUUGGCUGCACUUAAAUCUUUAUACUGUUUUAUUUAAAAAAUAAAUGGCUUCCAUUUGCUGUAUUAAUUCAUGUUUUACAAAGCGUUAAACCUGAGCCCGGCCUUACCACAAUGAUAAU